UUACGGAUCACUAUGGCAAAAGUCAUAUACGUACUUGAUACUCCCUUCGUACCACUAAGAUCGCCUACGCCUCCACUCCGGAAGUAAUGACGGGAAAAGGAAGAACGAUGGAGGUGAUCAUGAUGCCAUUUCACCACCAAGGUCACUUAACCCCGAUGCUCCAAUUCGCGAAGCGCUUCGCUUGGAAAGGUGCUGGCUCGAUCCGGAUCACCCUCGCCACCACCCUCUCCACCGCCCAAAAUAUGACCAAUUCCAAAAACAACAACAACAAUAACGAUUACGAUUUCCUGACGGUCGAAAGCAUCUACGACGAUACCGAUGAUUCUCAGCUCAAAUUCAUGGGUCGUAUGGGAAAGUUCAAGUCCGAAGCCUCACUCCAACUUGGCCGUCUAAUCACUACUAAGAGCAUCGACAAUAAUAAAUGUAUGCUCGUUUAUGAUGCGUAUCUGCCUUGGGCACUGGAUGUGGGCAAGGACCAUAACAUACAGGCUGCGGCUUUCUUCGUCCAGGCUUGUGCGUAUAUGGCAUCCUUUUACCCUAUGUUUUUAGAGGAAUUUGGGUCGGAUGAUCAACAUCCUGUUGUUGCGGCUGCUAAGGCUGAAUCUGUUCCUAGUUUGUCGGUUGAGCUGCCGUCGCGGGAGGAAAUGGAACGAUACGCGCCGAAAUGUGCACAAUCCCCGAGUUCUGAUGAUAAACCCAAUACUGUUAAGAAAUCGCUUCACCCUGUCUACCGGAUGGUGGUUUCAUCAAUUACAACCCUUCAUCUUGCUGAUUUCGUGCUCAUCAACUCCUUUGAUCACCUUGAACAUCAGGUUGUCAAAUGGAUGACAAAUCUAUGGCGUGUGAGGACUGUUGGGCCCUUGCUACCAUCAUCGUACCUCGACAAACGUAUAAAGUCUGAUGUUGACUACGGUAUUAAUCCCUACAAGCCAAACAAUGAAGCUUGCAUGAACUGGCUAAACACGAAACAAGCUGCCUCAGUUGUGUAUGUUUCAUUUGGCAGUGUGGCUAAUUUGAGUGUAGAGCAGAUAGCAGAAAUAGCAAAAGCCUUAAAGAAGAUUCCGAGCAGUUUCUUAUGGAUUGUAAGGGAAGCCGAGCAGGAAAAACUCCCUGAGGAUUUCAUUACUGAAACAUCAGAGAAAGGUUUGGUGAUGUCUUGGUGCACUCAGCUGGAUGUCUUAGCACAUGAAGCAGUAGGGUGUUUCAUAACCCAUUGCGGUUGGAACUCGAUAAUUGAGGCGACCAACUUUGGGGUUCCGAUGUUGGGGAUGCCACAGUUCAUGGACCAGUUUUUGGAUGCUCAUUUUAUGGAGAAGGUUUGGGGUGUUGGAAUUAGGGCUAAGGCUGAUGAGAAAAACUUUGUUACUUGUGACGAAAUCAAGUGCGGUGUCAAUGAAAUUAUGUACGGAGAUAAGGCAAAUAUGAUCAAGGAGAAUGCAGCAAAGUGGAAAGACUUGGCUAAGGAGGCAGUUGGUGAAGGAGGCAGUUCAGAUAAGAAUAUCGACGAGAUCAUUAACUGGCUUGCGUCCUCCUAAGACUUGUUUUAGAAGUACAUUAGCAACACAUCUAAGUUGCAUUCGGAUGCACGGAUCACCAAUGGGCAUAGAAAUGCCCUUGGGUCACGAUACAACUUGGUACACCUAUAACUUUCUAGUGGGGUCUUUGAGUUUACUUGUAUUUGGUUUGAUGAUGAGGAGUCUAGCAUGGUUUUACAAGUUUAUUUUAGGUCUCCUUUGCUGGAUGUUUUAGAAGAUUGAUUGUUCAUGAAUUGUUAGCCUAUUUAAACGCCUCCUGAUAAAUGAAUAAAAUCAGAUUUCGGUUGAUCGAAUUGAA